AUGAAGCAAAGAGCCAAUCGCCGUCGUUCCCGUCUCCGGUCUUCUUCUGUCCCCGAUGUGCCGGUCUCUCCUUCUCCGGAGGUGGCUGUCUCAUCCUCUGUGGAUGCAUCUGUGCCAUCUGCAGUCGCCACAUCACCCAGUCGAGUUGUGUCUCCUGCCCUUGAUUCUAGUGUGGCUAUUGUUUCGGUUCUGCCUACCGUCGCAGAGUCAUCUCCGUCGUCGUCCCUUCCCGAGGUGGUGACUGGGUCUGUUCCUACCGUUAGUUCCUCCGGCAAAGUCCUCCAUGCUCGUCCGCCUUCUUCUGUUGGUAAGUCCCCUAAAUGCAUUACUCGUUCCUCUACUGAGUCUGCGUCCUCCCCUGUUCCAUCCUCUCCAUUGCCGACCCCCACCACACCAUCUAUUCCUUCUCUUAAGUCGUCUGUUAAACCGUCCUUAACCAAAACCCCCAAGGCUCGGUCUGCCUCCAAACCCGCACCCCCACCUCAACUCGCUCCCCCACCCAAUCCCGCACCCAAACCUGCACCCCCACCCCAACCCAAACCCGCACCUCAACCCCAAUCCACACCAACACCCCAACCAAAACCUCAACCAUCGCCUACCCCAAAGCCCCAGGUUCCUGUGCGGUCCAAAGGAAAAGCUAAAAUGCAUGAGUCCUCACCUCUUCCCAAACCACCGGCCUCAAAACGUAAACCCAAGGUCACUCCGGUUGCACCAUCUCCUAAAAAGUCCAAGCUUAUCACUAGUUCUAAGGAUUCUGUAUUUGUUGAUCCAUCGUCUAUUCAAUACUUUGUUGAUGCAACCAAGGCCUCGCACUAUCAGAGAUGGUUUGCUUCUAGGCAGUGGGUUAAUACCGUGUCUAAAUUGGUGUCCCCUCAUCCCAUUCUCAUUAGGGAAUUUUAUGCAAAUUUAGAUAAGUCUAUUGUCGAUGGGAAAAAUGAGGACUUUCUUACUGCAUUUGUUCGAGGUAGUCGUAUCAAAUUUGCACCAUCCACUAUAUCCCGUGCACUAAAGAUUCCAAAAGUUCUUAAACCUGCAUAUAAUAAGUCAUAUCGUCCAGAUCAAUCUACAAUGGGUCAUGUUUUAACUGGCCAGCAUGAUUAUGUGUGGGGGAAUCAUGAGAUUCCAGUGACUAAAUUGACUCCCUUCUAUCGGAUUCUGCAUCGUGUGGCCCUCUAUAAUUGGUUUCCCAAUUCUCACCUUUCCUCUAUAACUCUUGAGAUUGGGAAAUUUUUAUAUGCUGUGGGUACCAGCGUGUCAAUUGAUUUGGCUACUCUAAUUUUUGAUCGUAUUGUUGAUGUCGCCUCCUCCACUGGUACUCGUAACAAGUUGCCAUUUCCGAGCCUGAUUCAGCAGAUUAUUCAAUCUGCCAAACCAUCGCUGACCUUUCAUGACUUUCAGGUUCCCAAUCCUAUUUUGAGUAAAGGAUUUUUGGCCACUCUUAAAAGGAAAGUCUCCUCUACUGCUCCUUCUUCUUCAUAG